CCGUCACUAUAUUUAGUACAUUUCGUGAGUACGCGCGAAACGCACGCGCUUCUUUACUCGACCACUACAACUGCAUUUUACAAAAUAUUUCAAUGAAAACACGUUCAUUGACAUCGUAAACACCCCACUGGGUGGUGUGCCAACGAAUUCUGGACCAAAUUGUGUAGUAAAUUAUACCAGUGAUUAAUAAUUUUAAGUUAAACACAGUGAUAUUAGAAUAAAUAUGAAGAAAGAAAGCGCGUCGGACUACGAAAAGAAUCGUGAUGAGGACGAGGUGUUUUUUGAAGAUGCAUUCGAGUUGGCCGGCCAUGGCCGUUUCAACUACUUGGUGCUGUUCACCAGCGGGUUGAUACUCCUCAACGUGUCCAUGGAGUCGGUCGGCAUGAGCUACGUGGUCACCGCAGCAGAGUGCGACCUUCAGCUCUCCAGCCAAGAUAAGGGGCUGGUGACAGCAGCUGCUUUCAUUGGUAUAAUCUGCACCUCAUUCCUCUGGGGCUACCUGGGCGACCGGCUGGGCCGGCGCUCCGUGAUGCUGCCAGCCAUGGUAGCGUCCGCCAUAUUCUCCGUGGCCUCCUCCUUCUCAACCAACGUCUGGAUGCUGCUGGUGCUAAGGAUAUUGACGGGAUGCUUAGUGUCAGCGUCCAGCGCCACAGUAUACGCGUACUUGGGCGAGAUGCACAUGAACACCCGUCGGGCGUCGGCCAUCGCGUGGGGCUCCGUCUUCAUAUCUUUCUCCUUCAUCACGCUGCCAGGUUUAGCAUGGAUCAUCAUCCCCGGCAAAUGGUCCUUCGCCCUCGGCUCUCUCACCGUGGUACCAUGGCGUGCCUUCAUCUGGACCUGGUGUGCACCCGGUCUGCUGGCAGCGCUGCUUCUACUAUUCCUGCCCGAGAGCCCUCGAUUCCUGCUGUCUUCCAAAGGCCCUGAGGCGGCUCUGCCUGUCCUGGCUCAGAUGUACGCGUGGAAUAAUGGAGCUUCACCGUAUAGUUUUCCUGUUAAAAAGAUAGUGUCAGGCAGCGUGGAGGCUGGCAAGGCUGGAGGCUUCGUGGGCGCUCUGAAGAACUUCUCCUUGCUGUUCAGGCCCCCGCUGCUGAGAUGCGUCGUCAUCUCCCACGUCUCUAUGUUCGCAGUGUUUAUGUUGUCCAGUGGACUGUACAUGUGGGUGCCCGAUAUUUUGAAUAAUAUCUUGAAGAGCACCAGCGAAGAGAGCAUUACGAUAUGUACCGUCAUUCAAGAGAAGAUUAUGAAGCAGAGAAACAUGACUUUAUAUUCUACCGUGCAAACGUGCAGUUCUGACGUUUCCGUGGGGGUGUUCCCAAUCUCCAUGGCCAUGGGCGCCGUGUUCGCGCUCACGUACUUGGCGAUAGGCGUAUUCAUCAACAAGAUCGGGAAGAAGACCUUGUACUGUGGAAUAAUGGUGGUCUGCGGCAUCAUGACGGUGGCGGCCGCGUUCGUGCCUCAAGGAGGCGCGGCUACUGCGCUGCUCAUCAUUGCACUCUGCUCCGGCUGUUCUGCCUCAAUCCUGGCUGCUAUUGCUGUCGACGUCUUCCCUACCAGCAUGAGAGCCAUGGCGAUGUGCGUGAUGUACAUGGUGGGCAGAACGGGCGCUGCUUUCGGCUCCUACAUCCUGGGGGCGACGCUCACCACACACUGUCUCGCUGCCUUCAGCGUCUUCGGUGCUUUCUCAGCUGGUUCCACUCUACUUAUGGUGUUUUGGCCGAAACUAGAGGAGGUUCGGGAAAAAAUGGAACAGAGAGGCUUAUCGUACUGAACAAACCAAAUACUUCAACAUUAAUAGGUUGUCUUUUAAAGUUCUGAGAUU